AUGGCACACAUCUCAGAACUAUUCGACUCGCCAGUGGCCAUCAUGGAUGGAGGCAUGGGAACCACACUGGAAACAUUCUACUCCAAAUCCAUUUCCAACACCCCCUUGUGGUCUGCCAACGUAAUAAUGGAAGAUCCAGAGGCAGUGAUCAAUGCACAUCUGGCCUUCCUGCGAGCGGGAGCAAAAGUGAUCUUAACAGCAACUUACCAAUGUGCGUUCGAAACAUUCGAGCGAGCUGGCUACUCGAAGGACGAGGCUAGCCGAGUCUGGAAAACAGGCGUGGCACUGGCGAACGAAGCCCGUUCGCGGUUCCUCAAAGAAUACUCGAAGCGGGGACCUCAGCCAAAGAUCCGCGUUGCACUGUCCAUCGGUCCAUUUGGUGCCACGCCCGUCCCAACGCAAGAGUUCGACGGGUUCUAUCCUCCCCCUUAUGGUCCGCAGGCGUUUCCUGGUGAGGGAUUGGACGGCCGGAAUUCGUUUCCACCCGAGGAACAGGCGAAAGAAGAAGAAGCAACACAGGCUCUUGCCGAAUUUCACUUCCAGCGGCUCAAAGUCUAUAUUUCCGACCCAGAAACAUGGGCGAUGAUUGACUGCUUGGCGUUCGAGACAGUCCCUGUGGUUCGUGAGGUCGCAGCAAUACGCCGGGCGAUUCGCGAUCUUCAGGAAGAGUACGGUGAGAACGCGAUGAAGCCGUGGUGGAUAUGCAAUGUCUUCCCAUUUGGGAAGCUCCCUGAACGCCCCUCAAGUCCGCGCGAGGUGAUACGCGCCGCACUCAGUGGCACUAAUCUACCCCGACCGUCGGCUGUAGGGAUCAAUUGUUGCGGUGUCGAGUUCAUGGGCGACAUAUCUGCAGAAAUGGCUGAGGAGAUCGGCAGUAUCGAGAGCACAGGAAAGGCGCCAUGGUUGAUCCUCUACCCCAAUGGAGGUGAUGUGUACGACACGAUCUUGCGGCAGUGGAAAAAGGGGAGAGAUAAGGCCCACUGGGCGGAGGAGUUGAAUCAAGUCGUGCAAAGCGUCAGAGCCAACAAGGCUUGGGGCGGCGUUAUCGUAGGUGGCUGCUGCAGGACAGGCCCCGAAGAGAUCGAGCACUUGGUCGGCGCGAUAGAUUAUUAA